AUGACGCGGACGACGACCGAAUAUAUUGCUGCCGGUGGCAACAGGCACUCAUCAGCAGCCGACUGGGCGACUGGACUUCUGGCUUUCGGAGCGGGCAACAACAUAGCAUUAUGGAAUCCUGAAGAUGAACGGCAAGCUGGCGUAAGCUCACUUUUGGCCGGCCACUCGGAUACUGUCAAUGCAGUCAAGAUCUACGAAAACGGUUCAGACCGGUACAUACUCAGUGGUAGUGCCGACAAGACGAUCCGCGUUUGGUCAGAUACUUCGAGCACAGUUUCCGGAUUCCGUGAGACUCAAUGCUUGUCCGAGCAUGCCGGUUCGAUCAACACAUUGGCCAUUUUGCAGCAACGCCAUAUCUUCGUUUCCGGGGCUGCGGACGGGACGGUCAAUGUCUGGAGUUUCAAGGAUGGCGCAGCCUCACUUGUCCAGUCCAUUGCCUUGAAGCCGAGAUAUCUGCCUUUGGCUCUGGCAGUGACAUCGUUACCUAAUGAGGAUCUCCUACUUGCUGUCGCUGGGACAUCUACUGUCAUUCAACUGUUUGUGAAAUCCAAGGAUGCUGAGGGGUUUGAGUUCCAGGCUACACUUAGCGGACACGAGAGCUGGAUACGAUCACUAGACUUCACGCACGAAUGCAAUGCGCCACACAGUGACGUCCUGCUCGCUUCAGCCAGCCAGGAUAGAUACAUUCGUCUAUGGCGAUUCCGACAAGGUCAAAACGUCAUGCAAGCGGGCAACGACAUUGCCAGUGGACUGUCAGUUCAGACCGACGCCAAAAGUCUGUCGAACAAGGCGCACCAAGUGGGAAGGCCAGACUCGAAAUAUUCGGUGACUUUCGAAGCUCUUCUGAUUGGACACGAAGAUUGGGUAUACACAGCUCGAUGGGGUCCACGUGGUUCUCGUACGAGUGCGCCCGUAUUGCUUUCAGCCUCGGCGGACAACUCUCUUGCAAUUUGGAGUGCCGAUUCAGCCACUGGCCUUUGGGUGUGUACUAGUAGGCUGGGCGAAAUCAGCUCGCUGAAAGGCUCCACGUCAGCUACAGGAAGUACUGGUGGAUUCUGGACAGGCCUGUGGCAGUCGGAAGGGCAAUCGGUCGUCAGUCUGGGACGUACUGGAAGUUGGCGUUGCUGGACUUUCGAUCCCAUUAACGACAUGUGGGUUCAAAAGACUGGUAUCAGCGGUCACGUUCUGGAGGUCCAAGGCAUAGCUUGGUCAACAGCUGGGAACUGGCUACUCUCUACAAGCUCCGAUCAGACGACGAGACUCAUCGCGGAAUGGAGGAGAGAAGCGAGAUCGUCGUGGCAUGAGUUCUCCAGGCCGCAGAUCCAUGGCUAUGAUCUGAAUUGCGUUGAUGCGAUUUCAGAGAAUCGCUUCAUUUCUGGUGCUGACGAGAAGCUGCUGCGAGUUUUCAACAAGCCCAAGGCUGUCGAUGCGUUGAUCGCUGAACUUGGUAGCAUCGCUGCUUCGGUCAUCGACGAUCUGCCUGACGCCGCCAACAUUCCUGUCCUUGGACUUUCGAAUAAAGCAGUUGCUGCCACUGGAGCAGGUGAAACAAUCAACGGCGUGGAUAAUGGCGACGCUGAGGAUGAUGACAACGUUGACUCAACAUCAGGUGUUCGUAAAACCACGCUGGACCUCGCUCAUCCCCCCUUGGAGGACCAUCUCGCUCGAUAUACCCUCUGGCCUGAGCACGAGAAGCUGUAUGGUCAUGGGUACGAAAUCUCGGCUGUUACUACGAGCAGCGAUGGGAAAAUAGUGGCCACCGCGUGCAAAGCCAGCUCCAUCGAUCACGCCGUCAUUCGACUGUACGAUACGCAGGAAUGGCGAGAAGUGAAGCCGGCUCUUACAGCCCACAGCCUAACUGUCACAAGUCUGUCAUUCUCGCGCGACGAUCGAUUCCUGCUGAGUGUCGGUCGGGACAGACAAUGGGCCAUUUUUGAGAGGUCCAAAGACGACUUCAAGACGUACCUUCCGCUCGCAGCAAAUCCGAAGGGUCACAGUCGCAUGAUCUUGGAUUGUUGCUGGGCGCCUCUCAGAGCGGGUCAUGUCUUCGCAACAGCUGGGCGCGACAAGACCGUCAAGAUCUGGCGUCUUGACGACGGCAAUGCUGAGUGCAAAGCCACGCUUGCUGCUGGUGCCUCUGUCACUGCUGUAGCCUUCGAGGCUGAGCCAACCCCAAGUGGUGCGCUGCUUCUUGCAUACGGCAACGAAGAAGGAGUCAUCUCGCUAGUAUCACUCGACUGUCGGUCGUACGAAGUGCUGUCAACAGAGCGACUGGAUCGAAGCAUAUCGCCGAGCGGAACGAUCAAUACUCUUCGAUGGCGACCACGACCUUCGAGAGCUGAAAGCACUGCAAGAACAAUUUGUCAUCUGGCCUCGGCGAGCGAUGACUUCUCGGUGCGAAUCUAUAACGUUGAGGUGACAUGAGGCAUGAUGCAUGGCCACAGUCGACAACCCGAGUAGGGCUUGUGGCAAAUGCCUCGCAAUCUCUCCU